UUGGAUUUUUAGCUCGCGUUGCAGCUGGCCUUGCUGGCCAACGUUCAUCUGUUUCAUAAAUCAUCUGUUUCUGUUUCUGUCUGUAUCUGUAGUCUGUACUUGAUGUACAUGUACUUCACUUCAAGAUUCAAGACAAGAACAAGAUAAUAUUCAACAAUGGCUGCUACAAUAUAUUCUUUUAUUAUUUGAUUUCUUUAAAGUAUAGUUCUGAAGGAGUAUUUUUAAUAUUAGUAAAAUUGCAGAAGUAUUUUCAAUAUAUUCAGCCUUACUUGAAAUUUUUCAGCAAUCCAUAAUUUAGGUGUCACUGAAAUUUUCUAAGAUGAGGCUCACACGCAAUUCAUUGAAGUCGAGAUUAGGCAGAACGCGUAGUGGCAGUCAGGUGGUGCCGGCGCACAUGCGCAGAAGACGCCGUCGCCGCAACGCACAGUCACCACCGUCCGCGCAACCGCCGCAAAACGAAGCUGACUCAGCCAGUGACGACAAUGAGUCGGCCCAGCCACAUGUCGAGGAACCGCAGCCUACCACUGAUAAAACAGUAUCUUGUGUGGCAUGUACUGAGAAGAUUCCGCCUCAGGUCGACCUAAGCAAUCUUCUCAUUUAUCGAACGUAUGUUUGUACAAUUUGCGACUAUAAGUGCUAUCGAGCUCAAAGUUUGGUAAUCCAUAUUAGAACUCAUACUGGAGAAAAACCGUUUAGUUGUACAUUUUGCGAUUACAAAUCGUCGACGUCGUCAGCGCUAACUAUCCAUAAACGAACGCACACAGGAGAUAAACCUUUCAGCUGUCCACUUUGUGCUUACAAGGGCAUUUCUUCGUCGUCUUUGAUCAAGCACAAGAAAUCGCAUGCGCUUAGAAAGUUUCGAUGUCUGAAAUGUGAUGAAUCGUUCACUACAGAGGACCGUUUGACGAAGCAUACCUGGUUGCAACACCAGAAACCAGGCCCACGUUGCUCCAAGAAAACAUUCAAACAGUUGCUAGAACUUAAAAAGUGUUCAACUCCCACCUAGAUUAGUAUUCAUUUAAUAGUGAAUUGGACAGGGCUUAGACAAUUCAUCACUUCUAAAUUUAGUAUAGAUUAUAAGCUAUUAUCGAAAUUCAAUUUCAACACCGAUUGAUAUUAAUAAUAUUCUAUAUUGACUGAUUGACAUGCCGUCAAUACAGAGCUCUCGUAGAUAUGUUUAAUGAAACAAUUUAGGGCAAAUCAACUAAGGGAUCCUAAAAUACAUUUUAGGCUUGUUGAUACUCAUUUGAACAAUACUAACUUGAAUGUUGUAGACAAAUUGCAUCAACAUAUGAGUUGUUGACCAACUUUUAGAGAUCACUCUAAUUGAUGUUAAUCAAUAAGUUAUUCAAAAUACUAUGAGUACCUCUUCUACCAUCAGUCAGACUAUCUCUGUUAAAACAUUGAAGCAAUUAUCUUUGAGAUAACUAAUUUCAUUAUGUAAAUCGCUAGUACAAAUAUCUGUAUAUUAAUGAAGAUUUUAAUCUUAGAUUAUUUUUAUUCGUGAUAUUCGAAAUUAUCAGUCUUUAAGACUCAACUUCCGGGAAAACGCUGUGCGUAUUAAAUUUAGAAUAGAGUAUUAGUAGACAUUUAUGAGAUAAGUGAUUUCAGUUUUUUAAUUUGUAUUUUUCCAGAUUUUUCAAAGUUUAUUUUGAUUUUUGCUUAAAAUAGUGACAAAACUUAUUUUCCAAUUGUUCCCAGUUGUUGCUUUGAUAUUCGUUCUCAAUAUUUUCAAUAAAUUGAUUUCAACAGUA